AUAUGAACUCCAUUGGCCUAAAUGACAUGGAUUUGUUCGGCAUGCCCACAGGAGGGCCCCACCAUGACAGUAGCAAAACUAAUGGCAGGGGAGAGAAUCUUAAAUCCCCUCCUCACCCCUCCUGCCUCACCAGAUUUGAUGCACACGGCAUGCAAAUCCUGCAGGCUGUUGCUUCUCAGCAGGGCCAAAAGCUGUGCCUUUGGCCUAGCAGUAGCUACCACUAGUACCAGGAGAUCUUCCCGUCCCAACAUCUUCGACAGAGGAAUCAGCUGUGGGAGCUCGUGAGGCAGAGGGCGGGCAGAGACAAGAUGGAGAAGGAACACAUCAAGAUGGCCAUGCUGAGGCAAGAGCAAACAUUCAGGCAGCAGGUUCAGAAGCAGCUGAUGACGCAGACGCAGAUUACCCAGCACCACCAGCAACGGUGUGGUAGCUCAGGCAAGACGGAGGAGGAGGAGGACUUCAACCUGGAGCUGACGCUGGCAACAGGGGCUGGAAGGACGCGGCAGGAGAAGCCAUCCACUUCAGACUCCGAAGCGACCAUGUCGUCGUCGACAUCUGCAGAAUCAGAGCAAGCUCAGAGGUUCAUGCCCAGUUCCAAUGUAACAAACCUAAGGUUCCAGGGCGAGAGCAAUAGGCAUGAUGAUCAUCAGGUCAUGCAGUCUGCUUGGCGCUAUCAAUGUUUAAGUCUCAAGAUGGCGUGAAGGGAUUAAUUAGACAGGGUUGGCAUGGGAGUGCCCUAAACAAAAGCAAGUGCAUUGCUGCAUGUAUGUAUGUAUAUUACGAUUUCAUUGCAACUGUAGGAACGAGCUCAAAAAAGAAGGAAAUGAUAGGCAAACUAAAAUGAACCAGACGAGAAGAAAAAGAAUCAAAUCGUGUCUGUUGUUGUUUUGUGGCAAAGAGAACAGGGCCACUUACAUCUAGAUAACCAGAUACAGAGAGUUUAGUUCAAGUAAAUGUACUUUUGAGCAACAGGAUCAAAGACCGUACAAAGAUGUCAUCAUACAAGACCAAUGGACCUAGUGUAAUUUGCCCA